AGUACGGCCCGCUCUCAUUUUCAGUGUUCCCUGCUUCUCGAUCCCUCUCAUUUCUCUUUAAUGGAAACUCUUUCCAUCACCAACAUUUUCGUCUCCCAUUAUUACUACGGCCUUGCAUUACUCUUCUUCCUAAUCCUGUCGGGUUUCGAUUUCCUGAAAGUACAAUCCCUCGGUAUUAAUUACGGCCAAGUCGGCAACAACCUGCCGCCGCCGGAGAAGGUUCUGGAACUCCUCCGGUCGCUCAAACUCACCAAAGCCAGAAUUUACGACACCAACCCUCAGGUCCUCGCCGCAUUCGCAAACUCCAACGUCGACCUCAUCGUAACCGUCGAAAACCAAAUGCUCCCCACAUUGUCGGAUCCCAACCAGGCCUUCCAAUGGGUCUACACCCACAUCAGGCCCUACUUCCCCGCCACCCGAAUCACCGGAAUCGCCGUCGGAAACGAGAUUUUCUCCGGCGAGAACGUCGACCCCAACCUCGUCGCCGCUCUCGUCCCCGCCAUGGUCGCCAUCCACGCAGCCCUGGUCCGAUUCCGACUCGAUCAAUUCAUCCACGUGUCCACCCCCAAUUCGCUUGCCGUUCUCCAGGAAUCCUUCCCGCCGUCCGCCGGAACCUUCCGGCCGGAGCUGACCGGAAUUCUGCCGCAAUUCUUACAAUUUUUGUCUGCUACCAAAUCGCCGUUCUGGAUCAAUGCUUAUCCCUACUUCGCCUACAAAGACGACCCGACAAAGAUCCCUCUGGACUACGUCCUGUUGAACCCUAAUUCCGGCACGGUGGACCAAAACACAAAACUCCGGUACGACAACAUGCUGUACGCGCAGGUGGACGCCGUGGCGUCGGCCAUGGCCAAAAUGGGUUACCCGGGGAUCGAGGUUAGGGUUUCGGAGACGGGGUGGCCGUCGCGGGGGGACACCGACGAGAUCGGGGCGACGCCGGAGAACGCCGCGAUUUACAAUCGGAAUAUUAUGACGAGGCAGUUGAAGAAGGAAGGGACGCCGAUGAGGCCCGCCAGGACAUUGGAGAUUUACGUCUUCGCUUUGUUUAACGAGGACAUGAAGCCCGGCCCGACUUCCGAGAGGAACUACGGCCUGUUCCAGCCCGAUGGGACUAUGGCCUACAAUGUCGGCCUCUCAGCAUUGCCCACCACCGCCGCAGCGGCUUCUUCAUCGCCAUUUUCGUCUUCUUCGUCGCCCUCCGCCGCCUCGUCGUCUAUAAUCUCCUUUUCUUCCGGUGCCACCAAGGUGAGAGGGAUCCAUUCAUGGAGCAUUUGGUAUUCAGUAUUAAUUCUGGGCUUUCAAGGGUUGGCAUUGUGGGAAUUCAGACAUUAAGGAUCAACGAAAGAGUGCAGCACUGCAUGCAUGCAUGUAUGUAUGUAUGUAUAUACAUCUCUAUUCGAGUUCGAGGAGGUCUAGGUAGUUAUUUAAUUAAUUAGCUGUCGGCGUCAUUAUUACUUCAUCCAUCCUACAAUUGAACGAGGAUAUAUACAUGGAGUAGAUAUAUAUAUUUGAAGGAUUCUUUUUAAUUAAUUGUUACGAGAAGGAUUCACAAUUUAUAAAUUUAUUGAUCGCUAUGCUUCGAGCCACUUGAUUCCCAAUUUCAUCAUCAUGAUUAC